AUGGCAGAUAAAACUGCUAAGUUUUGCAAAAUGAUGAACAGCUUUUUUGAUUGUGCCAAUAUCCGCUCCACCAAAGAAUCCUUACAAAAGCGCAACGAUUUUCUGGCUCCAUAUCGAAGCACAAAUGAUAAGCGAUUCCAAUGGCUGGACAAUACCUUCAUAAAGUACUUGGAGGAUUGGAAAGCAGCAAUUGAGUCGAGGGAAGGGGAAUAUACUGCUGUUUUGCGGGAUAUAGCACCAUCAUCAGUUGAAGGUAAUGUAGCAGGCAGGCAUUCUGGGAAACGACAGAAGUGGUUCAGCAUCAGUGAUGAACCUUUGCCAAAACGAAAAUCAAACGAAAAACAGUCAAAAGAAUAG